AUGCAAGCACGUGGUACACCGGUGUCACCGAUGAAGGGUAUACCCAUUCUCUUGCUCGCAGGCGAAACAGUGAGCGAAGAAGACGAUGCCUUCGUUCACUGGGUGCACUAUGUGCGUCGCCUCAGCAACAUUUUUGCUUUAAGGGCUAGUGCCCAUGCGGCUAAUGUGCGUCUUGAAUGCAAGCUUCGGUAUGAUUAUGCCAAGAUUAAGGCCAGAGGCCGAUUGCGCAAGCGCACGCGCUAUGCUUCGGCUACUAAGGUAGCCGCGAGUGCUGGUCAGUAUGUGGCCAACAACCCGCCAACCCGCACCACUAGUGGCGGGGAACGGCUUCGGCCUCGAGAUGACCAUGGCCACGAUGCUCAAAAGCCUCCAAAGCAUAUGGGCAGUCUUGCCGAAGGGGUACCUCAAAUUCCCAUGAUCUCUCAACAUGAAAUUGACGACACCCAUGCUCAUCGAGCAAAGUCGGUGGCGGCCGGUUUACCGGUGGAGGCCCACGAGAAAUUGGUUCUCGAAGUGGAGGGUCUUCAAGAGGCCUUGGGUAAGUCCCAGUGCAUGCUGGAUGCGAUACAAAGUCGCCUUCAGGCGAUGGAGCAAGCUCAGACUCGGAGCGAGGCUCAGUUGGACUUGCUGAUUCGUCUACAGCAAUCCGGGGCAGUGCCCUUGUCGUCGGCGCAAGCACCUCCAAGUUCACAUGGGAAGGAUCCCGGUACGGCUUAA